AUGUCCUUCAAAAGAAGAGACGAAUAUGAUCAGUUACCGCCACUGGUGGUGAAUCCGCCAUCACCAGUGGCGAUAGCACAAAGCCGCACAACACACCGGUCUAUUGAGACACUGGUGGUUGUACUGGCUGUAAUAAUUAUUAUAGUAGUAAUAGCAGGGUUUAUUGCAAGGUUAUGUGGUGGAAGACAUUAUGGUGGACAUGGUGGAGAUCAUGAACUUGAAGGAUGGAUUGAGAGUAAAUGUAGAAGUUGCAUUGAUUCCGGCGUGCCAUCUGCUCCGGCGCCGGCACCAUCAGCAAAGGAAGAAGUAAAACCAACAAAUGAUGAAGCCAAUAAGUGA